AUGGAUAAACAGUAUAUUAGCUACAAUAACGUACAUCAGUUGUGCCAAGAGGCCGCGGCGAAGAUUAAGCAAUUCAAACCCGACUUGAUCAUUGCAAUUGGUGGAGGUGGCUUCAUUCCCGCCAGAAUCUUGCGUACAUUUUUGAAAGAGCCUAACGUGCCCACAGUGCGUAUUUUCGCUAUCAUUUUGUCGCUUUACGAAGAUCUACAUUCUGUUGGCUCAGAAGAAGAGAAACCGGGCGUUACUGUGCAAAGAACGCAGUGGAUCGAUUACGAACAGUGCAAGCUGGACCUGGUGGGUAAAAACGUGCUGAUCGUAGACGAGGUGGACGAUACCCGUACUACUUUGCACUAUGCGCUUAGCGAGCUGGAAAAAGAUGCUGCCGACCAGGCCAGUGCCAAGGGCAUCGAUCUCGAGCAGCAGCCAGAAAUGAAGACCAAAUUUGGAAUUUUUGUUCUGCACGACAAGCAAAAACCCAAGAAGGCAGACUUGCCAGCAUAUAUACUCAACGACGAGCUACGCUACAUUGCUGCGCGCAGCGUGCCAGACAAGUGGUAUGCGUACCCAUGGGAAUCCACGGAUAUUGUGAGCCAUACACGUUUUGCCAUGGAGCAAGGAAACGACGUGUUUUUGGACUAG